AUGGCUCCUUCAAACGGUCCCCGUAGCGGCAAGAAUGCGAAAUCCUCUCAUACUUUGAAACGCAAGCGCGCGCAAGAUGAUUUGUCGACUCUUACUCAGCGGGUUGAGGAUCUCGAUAUCAAGGAAACCUACAAGUCCUUUUCCGAUCUCCCUCUGUCUGAACCGACUGCUUCCGGACUAGCUUCGUCGCAUUUUAAAACCCUCACCGAUAUUCAGUCUCGUGCGAUUGGCCAUGCGUUGAAGGGUCGGGAUAUAUUGGGUGCCGCGAAGACCGGUAGCGGCAAGACGCUCGCUUUUCUCAUCCCGGUUCUCGAGAACUUGUACCGCAAGCAAUGGUCUGAGCAUGAUGGACUGGGAGCUCUGAUCCUAUCUCCGACUCGUGAACUCGCCAUUCAGAUCUUCGAGGUUCUUCGCAAAAUCGGUCGCUAUCAUACAUUCUCAGCCGGCUUGAUUAUUGGUGGGAAGAGCUUGAAGGAGGAACAGGAAAGAUUGGGAAGAAUGAAUAUCUUGGUUUGCACACCGGGUCGUAUGCUACAGCAUUUGGACCAGACGGCUAUGUUCGAUGUGUUCAACCUGCAGAUGCUGGUCUUGGACGAAGCGGAUCGUAUCCUGGACAUGGGUUUCCAGAAAACCGUGGAUGCUAUUGUUGGUCAUCUACCCAAAGAGCGGCAGACAUUACUUUUCAGUGCUACCCAGACGAAAAAGGUGUCGGAUCUUGCCCGGUUGAGCUUACAGGAUCCCGAGUACGUGGCUGUUCACGAAACAGCAUCUUCCGCAACCCCAUCUACACUUCAGCAACACUAUGUCGUUACCCCCUUAUCACAGAAACUUGAUGUUCUGUGGAGUUUUAUUCGCAGUAACUUGAAAGCCAAAACGAUUGUCUUCCUGUCUUCCGGAAAGCAGGUGCGAUUCGUUUACGAAUCCUUCCGCCAUUUACAACCUGGUAUCCCUUUGAUGCAUCUUCAUGGCCGGCAGAAGCAGGGUGGACGACUGGAUAUCACAGCAAAGUUCUCACAAGCAAAACAUGCAGUCCUAUUUUCAACUGAUAUCACUGCUCGUGGUUUAGAUUUUCCCGCUGUUGACUGGGUCAUUCAAAUGGAUUGCCCUGAAGAUGCCGACACUUACAUUCAUCGAGUUGGACGGACAGCCCGAUAUGAGCGUGAUGGUCGUGCAGUGUUGUUUUUGGAUCCUAGCGAGGAGUCAGGAAUGUUGAAGCGCCUUGAGCAAAAGAAGGUUCCGAUUGAACGCAUCAAUAUCAAGGCCAACAAGCAGCAGAGUAUUAGGGACCAGUUGCAAAAUAUGUGCUUUAAAGACCCGGAGCUUAAGUACCUGGGACAAAAGGCGUUUAUCUCCUACGUUAAGUCAGUCUAUGUCCAGAAGGAUAAGGAAGUCUUCAAGCUUAAGGAACUCAAGCUAGAAGACUUUGCUUCCAGUCUUGGUCUUCCAGGUGCUCCCCGUAUCAAGUUCAUCAAGGGAGACGACACUAAAGAGCGCAAAAACGCAUCGCGGGCGACGGCCUACUUGUCGAGUGACGAUGAUUCUGAUGAAGGCGGCGAGAAGAAGAGCAAAAAGGAUGAGAAGCAAGUCCGGACCAAGUAUGACCGUAUGUUCGAGAGGCGCAACCAAGACGUCUUGGCCGACCACUACUCGAAACUUAUCAACGAUGACGGCACAUUGGUUGACCCCAGUAAGACCGCAAGUGCUGCCGACGAUGCUGACGAGGAUGAUGACUUCCUGUCUGUUAAACGUCGCUUCGACGCUGGAGAUGAGGACUUGGGCGGUAACUCUGAAGAGGAGUUAGAGCAGAAGGGUGUUAAAGUGGUUCAACUCGAUGGCAAGGAUACAUUGGUCAUUGAUUCGAAACGUCGGGAGAAGCUACUCAAGUCGAAGAAGAAGCUGCUCAAAUUCAAAGGAAAGGGAACAAAACUUAUUUACGACGACGAGGGCAACGCGCACGAAUUGUACGAAAUGGAGGACGAAGAAGACUUCAAGGCCCGUGGAGAUGCCAAGGAGCAACAAGCCCGGUUCUUGGCAGAGGAAACCGAGCGGACACGCACGGCCGAUAUGGAGGACAAGGAGGUGGCCAAACAAAAACGGCGGGAGAAGAAAGAGAAACGCAAGGCUCGGGAGCGUGAGUUGCUUGCCGAGGAGGAAGCCGAGGAAGCUGUGGCGCAGCUGGCUCCAUACAAGGAGGACGACGAGUUUUCUGCAUCAGACAGGGAGGACGACGCACCUCGCCCCAGCAAGAAGCAAAAGGUUCGUAUUGCAGAGCCCGAAGAGAGCAAAGAAGAGCCCUGGUACAAGAAGAGCAAGAAACCGGCCGCGAAGGCUCCCGAGCAAAUCCAGACUUUGGAGGAUUUGGAAUCUUUGGCGACUGGAUUGCUUGGGUAA